AUGUCCCGAACUAGGAUGCCUGUGGUAGCGCAUGCUGCAAUGGGCUCUGGUGCGCUGGCUUCUGCUAAUACAGGUAUUUUACCCGCGCAAGUUCUCAGGUAUACCAUCAUGACCUCACGAGAGGCCAGUUUGCACUUGUCCUAUCCCUCGUCCGCAUUAACGGGCGAACCCUAG